GUUGUGAUGCAAUCAUUGCACCCCGGCCGAGCCGAAGCAUUCAAGUUUCUGUAUGAAUACAACCCACCGAUAAUAACAAGGCACCUAGAUCAUAUUGGAGAUGCUCUUGGUUAUGCAGUUCUGGGUGAUAACAUCCCAUUGGCAUCCUUUAUUCUCAGUCAGGCUGGCACUGACCCAAAUAAAAGCCUGCUGCUUUAUAAACCUCCAAUUGGAUCUGCUGCGUAUUUUGGGAAUUACGAAAUGCUAGAAUUACUCUUGAAGCAUGGUGCCCGGAUCAAUGGCACAUAUACAGUUUAUCAGGCUAUGGAGAGUGGCAGUGUGGACAUGCUUUCCUUCUUGAUGAGCAAAAAGGAUGUG